AUGUUGAAAGCCGGUAGCAGCUCGGUCGGCGCUUGGCUCCAUGCCCUGGACUCUUCCGGCUCCUCAGGCCCAAGCCGGCCCGCGGAGUUCUCGCGCCGGCUUUUCGCUGCUUUCAGGGACAGCGAGCUGACAGUCUCCGGGAAGUUCCUUUCCUGGAUCUUUGGCCCAGAGGGGCUUGGGGUGUCGGUGACCUCCAGGCUGCAUCCUUUGGCACGACGGGCAUUGGUGAAGCGCUUCUUCUUUGAGACGAGGCCACAGAAAACCGCGUCCAAAUUGUUGUUGCCACCGGGAUGGUGCAUGCCAUGCUGUGCCGCGGGUUCAGGACGCUUGCCGGUCAUGUUGGUCCGUAGUCCGUACCGGCGUGUCCAUUCGUACUUUCGGCAUAAGUGGCUGGCGAAUCCGAGCAAGGAGCCACUUACGGGAUGGAAGGAUCUUCCAGAGUUUGUCAGGAAGUUGGCGGAGCAUCGCACUUUGAACCGGUCCUUGCCGCCUCUCGUCACUGAGCAGGACCUCUAUCACACCCUGUCAUUUCACGAAAUCCUGCGAGACAUCCGCUGGUCUGCCGCCGCUCGCGAGGCAAUGCGAUUGAGGAUGUGCGUUCUGCGCCUGGAAGUGCUUCACAUGGACUUCCUCCAUCUGCACGCAGUGCUCUGCCGUUGGUUUCGCUUCUGCGAGCGCUUGCCGGCCAUCCCAGAGAUUAUUCCGACUGGGUUGCGACCGUACCUAGCGGUUCCUUCGCCUCCGUGGGAGACGCUCUGGACGAAGGAUGCAGUGCAGAACAUGCUCCAAUUGUUUGCCUCGGACUUCGAAGAGCUCGGCUACUCCGUCGAUCCGCUGCAGAAGGAGGAAAAAACUUGCGAUCCUCUUGCGAUAGAGAGAUCUGCUGUAUCGGGUGCUGCUUCCAGCGAAGUGAAGAACGCCAUCGAGGGGAAAUCGGCCGACGAGAUCGCUGCGGCUCUGAAGGAGCUCCCAGCAGACCAGCUCGCAAAGGUCAAAGAGGCGGUGGGCAAAGGUCCUGCGGCAGCUGCCUGCCCUGGACCGGUUGAUUGCUCCAAGAUCACCGUGGUGGGAAAGGACUACAAGGGUCUGCUGGAGCAGCCUGCCGAGCCGAAGUUCAAGGGUGCCCUGGCUCAGAUUUUCGUCCGAUCGCAGCCUUAUGGAGGAUCUGACAAGAGCAACAACG